AUGAAUUCAUCGAAUUUGGAUAAUGAUUUUUCUGGGUUUAAUGCGCCGUCAUUGGGGUCUGGCAAGCCGUCAUUGGGCUCGGCUUCUUCGGGGCUUUCGAAGCCACGACUUUUUAAGAUGAGAAAACAAAUGGGUUCUCACAAUGCCAGGUCGAUGCCGGCCUCAGAUUCCCGUCGGGUUGAUCUGGGAUCCAAUCCUUUUCGAUCCAGUUUUGAGAAUUUGAAUCUGGGCUCAGAAAUGGGUAGUUCUGGAUUGGGGAAUUUGGGGGCAUUUGGAGAAAAUAGAACUAUUGGUGAAGGUGAUUUGAAUUCUGGGGUGAGUAGUUCUUGUGGAAAUGUGAGGAAUAAAGUUCUUGAUGAUAUGAAGAAAUUGAACAUUGGAAGUGAACAAGGGAAUGUGAAUGUGGAUAGUAAUGUGUUUAAUAUGAAUAUGAGUGAAAAUAGGAAGGGUGUUUUUCCAUUUGAAAGUGGGUGUAAAGACAGUGGUUUUGAUGGGAAUGGGGCUUCUAAAUUGCCAGAGGAAAUGAGGAAGUUGAAUAUUGACAAUUCUGCUAAUGUAGAGAGUUUACAAGAUGAUCAAGGUGUGGAGUCUAAUAUUAGUGAAAAUGAUAAGACUCAUUUUUGGUUUGGAAGUGUUCAGAAUGCCAGUAAUUCUUUUGGUAGCAGGGUCAUAAGGGAAUUGCCAAAUGAGAUGAAGAAAUUGAACAUACAAAGCACAACAGUUGACAGAGAUAGUGUUAUUCAUGACACAGGUCAUGUAAACAAUUAUCCCUCUCGAAGCAGUAGUAAGAGUAGUGAUUCUUUGGCUUGGUUUCCUGAAAGGUAUAAAAAUUUGAAUGCAGAAGAUUCUGUGAAUACUUGUGCUGGUGAAAAGAAAGAGGAUAACAAAAAUACCAGCGAUAAGAACAGUUUUAUUUUUGGAACUAGCACAAAAAUUGAUGGCAGAAGAGCAGAAAAUAUGAUUUCGGAUGAGAUAAGGAAGUUGAAAAUUGGAAGUGAAACUGGAGAUAGCUUCAAUCAAAUGCAUACAGGUUUGCAUUCUAAAGAGUGUGCAAAUGAGAGACACCCCCAAAAUUUGGGUAAUGAAAAAUUCCAGGGUGUAAGUAAUUCAGUUCCAACAGAAUUUAUUUUUCAGUUGGGAGCACAGGCUAAGAGUUUUAGUGGUAUUAAUGUUUCCAUAGAUCAUCAAAAUAAUGACUGCACAGCCAGGGCUCAUGUCCCCACGGCAUCAUCCUUUUCAUUCUCAUCUACUGACAUUCCUUUCCAAUCUGCUGGCAAUGUUUACGAGGUGCCAUCUAUGGAUAGACCCGAGAAGAAGAUUGAGUUUAGUUUUACUAGCAAAAGGGAUAGUAACAGGACACCCUUCACAGAAUUCGAAAAACCAAAUCCAAAAGGAAACUUAUUUUCUGGCAUAAAUAGGAAACUGGAAACAAAAAGAGAAUCAGCUAGAGAUACGAAGUUGAAAAAAAAGAAAGGAAAGUUGAAGAAACCUACGCCAGUUGAACUGAGACUUGCACAAGACUUUGUUCUGGAAGAAAGAAGUUCACCAGAAAAUCCGGACUCUUUUGAAUCAUAUUCGCCCAUGGAUGUUUCCCCAUAUCAUGAAACAUUGGAAGAUAAUAAUUGUUUAGCAGAAACUUCUGUGACUUUGGGUGAAGCCUUCGAUCUGGAUGAUCACUGCACAUUAAGUGCAUCACAUCGAACUGUUUCAGAUGAUGCAGUUGAUGAAAUUUUGGUUCCUGCAACUCAGCGUUUAGCUGUUAAUGGAGGAAGUGAUGUGGAAUGCACAGAUGCAAAAGAAGAAGAUUUUGAACAUUUUUCUGAUAAAUUUGCUGGCGCCGAAGCCCCUUCAGAUGAGUCUAUUUCAGCAGCUGAGACUGACAGCUUUAAGUCUGCCAGUGAAACAUUAGACUAUACCAUUGAUUCCUUUGUUACUGCAACGGAUACUGAAGUGAGUUCAGGGUCAACAAUCGAGAGGCAAGAUAGUGAUGGCAGGGGGCAAUUUAGUCAUGCCUCAAUUUCUGAAGAUAUUGGCAGGACUAGCUUUACCUUUGCUGCAUUUUCCUGUGCUCAAGGCCAAUCCUCAGCAACAACACGUCAGCACAAAAAGAAAAAUCGAUUGAAAGUUGGUCUUGAUUCAUAUAGUUCUACUCCCAAUGCAAAAGUUCCCUAUGCACCAUCCUCUGUGAAGUUUUUUCCAGUUCCUGGAAAUUCUCCACUUUUGUCCCCUAGGCAGGGUCAGAGAGGUGAUGCACCAGCUUUAUCAAGAACAGACAGGGAUAAGUGUGACGCUGUUAAAGAAGAGGUCGGGCAAGAAACUGUCUCUACUCCUUUCGCAAGCAUUGCUGCUCAAGAGGCCUGUGAGAAGUGGCGACUGAGGGGAAAUCAAGCCUAUGCAAAGGGGGAUACAACUAAAGCUGAGGACUGUUACACACGAGGGGUAAACAGUGUUUCUCAAAAUGAGACAUCUAGAAGCUGUCUUAGGGCUUUGAUGCUGUGCUAUAGCAACCGUGCAGCAGCACGCAUGUCUCUAGGAAGAAUGAGAGAAGCAUUAGAGGAUUGUAUGAGGGCUGCUGCAUUAGAUCCCAACUUUCUCAGGGUUCAAGUUCGAGCCGCAAAGUAA